AUGAACGACUCGGUGCUGCUGGCUGACGGCGGCUCCCCGCGCGCCCCCCUGCGGCUGGACGUGCGCUCUUUGGUCACCUCGGCCAGCAUGUUCGCCGUGGGCGUGCUGGGCAACGUGGUGGCCGCGGCCGUGCUGUGCGCGAGCAGGCGCGAGCAGAAAGAGACUGCAUUCUACACGCUCGUGUGCGGCAUGGCCGUGACCGACCUGCUGGGCACGUGCUUCACGAGCCCCGUGGUGAUCGCCACCUACGUGGCCGGCCGGUGGCCCGGCGGCGCACGCCUCUGCCACUUCUUCUCCUUCUCCAUGCUGUUCUUCGGCUCGGCCGGCAUGUCCAUCCUGUGCGCCAUGGCCGUGGAGCGCUACGUGGCCAUCGACCAUGCCUACUUCUACUCCAAGCGCGUGGACAGACGCACGGCGCGCGCCGCUCUCCUCGCCGUCUACGCGGCCAACGCCGCGCUCUGCGCGCUCCCCAGCCUCGGCUUCGGCAGGCACGCGCGCCACGUGCCUGGAACCUGGUGCUUUCUGGACUGGCGCGCGACGGACGCUCCGGGCGCAGCCUAUUCCUACCUGUAUGGCGGCGUCAUGCUCGCGCUCGUCGCCGUGACCGUCGCCUGCAACUGCGCGGCGUGCCGCUCGCUCGUGCGUAUGAGCCGCGAGACGCGCGCCGGAGGCACCGGGAGGCGCGCGCUCGCCGGGCUGCCCGCCGUGACGUCGGCGGCGGAGAUCCAGAUGUUUUGGAUGUUGAUCAUCAUGACCGUCGUGUUCCUCAUCUGCUCCAUCCCGCUGGUGGUGCGCAUCUUUGUUAAUCAGAUUUACGGACCUGCUGAAAUCGCUGCUGGCGGGAAGCCUGAUUAUCGCAGCGACCUCCUGGCCAUUCGAUUCGCUUCCUUCAACCCCAUACUGGACCCAUGGGUGUACAUCCUGUGCCGGAAAAGUCUGUUCACCAAAGGCUGCGAGUGGCUUAAACGCACCGUGGGCCGCAGUAGAGAGAAGCAUGAGCGUACGCUGGGUUGGGUGAGCAGCCAGCAUUCGCCGCCAUCAUUAACACACAGCAACGACACCAGUUAUGCAUCGCUACGCAUGGCGACGUGCAGGAAUGCCGCUGUAAAACAGACUGCAAUGGACACCAAACCUUAUGUGGACUUAGCUCUCCGCCAGGCGUGGGACUUCGACACUGCGAUGGACGGUUUCCAUCCGUUCAGCGUGGAGCAGGAGCCAGUUUUGGGUUCCGAGAGUGAAACAGCAUCCAGCUCUAAAGUGGACAAUGUUGGGUCCGUCGGAUGCAUUCACACGCCGACGUCCUGCACAAAAGAGCAUGAAAAUAAAGCCGAGAUGGUCACAUGCACCUUCAGCACGCCGAGCUCCUGCUUGUCAGAAAAGAGCGUUGGAUAAUAUAAUAUUUCCACAUGACCAAACUAUACAUUUCAGCACAGUAUCAAAAAAUCAAAAAUGAAUAUUUGAAACUGUUUAUUACUUAAAGCCCCAGGGAACCUAAAUCCAUGCUUUCUUUUACAAAGUAUGUCCUGUGAGUAGCUUUCCACUGUCCAAUAAAUGGCCGAUCUAUUUGGCCAGUGUUCUCUUCUUUCAGUGUAAAGUGGGCAAUCCUAGUCUUAGCCCCAAUCCCAUUUCUUAUUUUGACCCCUACCCCUUGUUUUCGAGUGUCACCCUAACCCCUUGGA